CAACAUUAGCUAAGCGAGCGUUGAUUUUUUUUACGUUAGCUAGCUAGCUAGCUAGUUGUUAGUUGACAGAAAUUAACACAGCUAGCUAGUUAGCAUAACUAACGUUAGUGGCUGGUUAGCGUUAACUUCAAAAUAAGACAUUCACCUUAAGAUGGCCUCCAUUGGAAGUACAGCGGAUGUUUUACAGCAAGUCAACCAGUUUUGGUCCAUCCUGGAUGAUCUUUCUCAAAAUGACCCCACAGCCUACCGCAAGUUCAUUGGGAAACAGAUGAAGGAAGGAGCUGAAUUCAAUGCACCGCCUGAACUCGACUGUUGUUUGUGCACUGAAAUAGUGGAGCCUAAGAAAGGGUCACUGUAUAUCAACAUAUGCAGCUGGAAACGUGUGCCUGCACCUCAGGAUCCCAGCAGGCCUUUACCUGUGUGUGCAGGAAAACUAGAAACAGACACAAAUGAAGGUCAAGGUUGGUACACUGUGUUGGAUGUGGCAUUAAACCCUGCAGUGCUACAGGAAAGUAAGAAAAACAAAACAGAAGUGUAUAUGCUGGCCCUGAGCUUUGCCCAGCAGCAGCAUGGGAUGAGGUUAACUCAGCAGUACACUGUCGUCAGCUGCAGCCCAAAAAGUAGCCCAGAUGACUUGCACCGCCGGCUUGGGUUUCGGCAGUGGCCUAACACCUCGGGACAACCAGACACGGCCAGUCAGACCCCAGCUGCCCUUCUGCAGCAGAUCUCCUCUCUACGUUCAGAGAAACAACACAAGGAGCCAGCAGCCCAAAUUAUCUGCAGAACUGCAGAGAACAAAAAGAAGGAUUUGAUCCAGGUCAUCUCCAGUAAAUUUGUGCCGCCUCAGAAGCCAGAGUACCAACUCGAGGUGAAGACUGAUAACGAAGGAGUUGCUCGCAGCAUGGAGCUGACAGUGGAGCUGCCAAAGGUUUGCUCCAUGUCAGAGUGCCAGCUGAGAAUCUCCAAGGACGACGUCUUGCUGGAAGUGGAGGAUGUCUACUAUUUGCUUUUAGAAUUCCCCAAAACUGUGAUUGAAGACACUGCAUCUGCCAUUUUUAACAAGAAGAAACGAAUGCUUACUUUGAGGGUGGAUGUGGAUGUUUUCUGACCAUUUGCCUUCAUGGAGAAACAAAUGCACACAGUAGUGAUCAGUCGUGCUGGGGAUGUGCUGAAGAAACUGGGAAGCUAAGAGUGAAUUCUGGAACUGAGAAUCCUCAAAGUACAUAACCAAAACAAACAAAAUAAGCCUUGUGAACACAUUACACUACGGAGGGACUCAUGCUCUGCCUCAAAACUUCAGCUAACAAACAAUUAACAGCUCCCCAUGUAAACUUAUCUGUUCCCAAAUCCAAAAUGAUGUUUUUACUGAAACAAAUAUUUCACUGUGUCGCUUUGUGCUGUGUGGGUUGAUCUGCGGCAGCAAAUGCAAUUCUUACCACUCCCCAAAAAAAUUAAUUAACUUUAAUAACAAUCUGUGGGUUUUGUUUAUUAAUGUGUGGGUGUAUGAGUGGAGGUGUAUAAUGGCUAGGAGCUGGUGUACAGUGUCAUUACCGUACUCUGGGGGAAUAAUUCACAAUAAAAUGAUUCAUGCAAUAA